GCGAAAAUGCGGAAGCGAAUUGGGCUGUCGUCUGGUAGUAAAGGCGGAAUAUAAGCAUUAUGUCUGAUUGUUUUUAAUCUAAAAGUUAUCAACAUAUUUUUAGAUUUGAGAGUUUUUUAAGUAAACUAAGCUGUUUACGCUGCGUUAGUAGUUGUUGUAUUUGCUUGUCAUUCUUGUAGGUGAGCCGCGUUCUUCUUUACCUGAGUCAUCGAUCUUGGUUUCAAUUUUGAAAGUUGAACUUACUACUUAGAGGGAAUUUAGGUUCAAAAGAACAACAAGAAUCAGCGGGGAGCUUUUAAUCUUGAAGUAUGGAAGGCGCAGAAGUAAAGACGAAUUAUGACGAGGAGAAAGAGAAAUGGAAAAGGCCCCCCUCCAGCUACGGUUCGAUGAAGAGCGAAAGUGAGGAGUCGGAAGGUCCGGAGACGGAUGAGAAUGGAGCGGGACACGAGGGGGCAGUUCUGCCUGAACGUCCUGCACCUGUAGUGAUUGGGUCACAGAACUAUCUCUCUCCUGAGACCCUCUACACCAUGAACACGGAGCAAACCAAACCACCUGGAGCUUUAGUGAUUGAGACAGGAUCUGGUGACCUGGACAGGGCUGUGGAUGAUUAUGAGGAGGAUGAGGAUGAGGAGGAUGAGGAUAUGUACAUAACCAAUUCUCCUGAACCCCCUGAGCCUGUUGAGUUUGAAGGGUUGAUGCAGACUGAUGAAGACGAGCAGCCCGGCAGAUUUCCCCCGGAGCAGGACAUGCCCUUCGUGUUCACAAACAUCCUGAAGACUUUAACACCCCUCAAAUUUGAAGAGAUGUACAAGUUUAGGUCCUGGCUGAAGCUGAUGGCUCGUGAGUUGAAAGACAGCAAUUUCAUGGAGGGAGACCUUCUUGACUUUGUGGACAAGAUGAUUGAAGUCUUUGGUCAUUCUAAAACACUGUACAUUACAAUCUCUUGUCUGGAUUCCAGUGGUUUGAAAGCACAGGCGGAAGAACUGCAGAAAGUGUGCAUGAAAGCUUUGAUUCGUUAUCGCCUGACGGAAGAAAUAAACAGGAAAAAGAAGUUUGUUUUUGAGGGGCUUGUUGAAUCUAGAGUUCAGAACAAACUGAACCAAAUCUUUGUGGAGCCCAAGAUCUCCAAGCGCAUCUGCGGGGCAAUCGAUCCGAGCCAUGAGUUCCGGUCAAAGCCGAUCACGCCUCUCCAGGUUCCCGACCCGGAUUCCUUCACCAGCUUGAAGAAUCUGUUCCGGCUCACCAAAGACGACGGCAGCCGCGUCAGAACAGUGGCCACCACUGCACUUCCAGGAUCGGGAAUGACCCUCCACACGUCAAAGUUCUGCCUGGACUGGGCAGAAAACACAGCUAAUAGGGAUCUGGAGUGCGUCGUCAGACUCCCCUUCCAUAGAUUCUGGUCUUUGAAAAGGUCGGAGUCUGAGAAUGUGUCUCUGCUGGAGAUGAUCCACAUAUGCACAUCAGCAUUUAAAGGCCUGGAUUCUUAUCUGGAGGAAGCGGACCACUCUAAACGUCUCAUCAUCAUGGACUGUUUAGAUUCCUUCCAGGACUCUGUGGACUGGCUGAACACUCCACUUCUAACUGACAUCAGAACCCCAGCAUCUCCAGAGGUCCUGAUGGUGAACAUCGUCAGAGGCAACCUGCUUCCUGGCGCUCGUGUCUGGGUCCUGGGGAGACCGCCCGCUGUCUCACAGAUCCCGCCUUCGCUCAUCGAUGUGUUCACUGAAAUACAGUGCUUCAGUGAGGAGAUGAAAGAGGACUACAUGAGGAGACGCUUCACACCAGAGCUGGCACAGAAAAUUCUGGCGCAUUACCAGCGCAUACCGACACUUCGCAUUCUUGCUCACCAGCCCUUUGUCUGUUGGAUUAUGGCCACCAUGUAUAAUCGCUUCCUUGAUCGCCAAGGCUAUGGGAACAAUCCUCCUCGACUGACACCGGUCAUCACCAACCUCUUUCUGAUUCAAUUAAACCGCCGGCUGAGUUAUUACUAUUAUCAACCAGAAGUGAAGACGAUGUGGUCCAAUCAGGACAAAGACAUGCUAAGAUCGAUGGGAAAAAUGGCACUGGAGAUGCUGCGAAGGAACACGGACGUGUUCUUUAAGGACAACUUGAAGGAGUAUGGGUUGGACUUGAGGGAGGUGGUGAUGUUGACGGGUCUCUGCACUGAGCUCCCUGCGGUUUCAAACCAGAGGAGGUUCAGCUUCAUCCAUUUUACCCUGCAGGAGUACAUGGCUGCCUUUUAUGUCUUUAUAAUGUUCUACCAGGACUCAAAGAACGUGCUCGAGUCUGGAGGAAGUGGCAAGCUUCCCUUCUUCCGUCAGUCUUCUUCCAAAGCUCAGCCGUGUAAAGCUGCAAACGUGGUUCGGUGUGCUGUUGAGCUAACCCUCAACUCUCCUCUGGGCCAGUAUGACUUGUUUCUGCGCUUCCUGUGUGGCCUGAUGAACCCGACUUGCCACGUCAAACUGUUUGGCGGGUUCCUCUUUGAAUACAGAACCCCUCCGGUGAGUGGUUUGAAAGAUGUGAGCAAAGUCCUGGAGGAUGCCAUCAAGACGGCUCCAGCAGACAGAGUGGAGAACCUAAAGGAGUGCAACAGAGAGGUGACACAGGAGGAUCUUUGAGGUGCACUGCUACCUUCCAACAUUGACGUUAAGGACAGGAGAAGGGGCUUGCUGCUGUUUUAGGUUCAGUUGAAACCUACAACUUAUCAAAUGGGGCAUUUCAAGAGCCUGACCUUAGAGAAAAUAGGAAGUUCUGUUGAUUGCAGCGGUACUUGCAUCCUAUAAAACGUGAAUCGCAAAAGACGUUGUUGCAAACUUGGUUUUGCUUUGUCUCCCAUCACUACGCACACGAGGAAAGAAAUGGCAUCAAGGUUUGAAAACUCAAUCUGUGUUCUUUGCUUGUAAUUAAAAACCAUAGGGUGAUUUUAUGGUGGAAAGUCCUGAAAACAAUGUGGAUGAUUGCACAGACAGGAUAUUUUAUUUUUUUCUGGAGUUUAUUUUUUUCAACGUUUACAUUUUAAAUUUGUUUUAGAGCAUUUGAGACCCAAGUCCACGUCUUAGAUUGAAAAAAAAAAGUGAUAUAUUUAAAGUUUUUUUUUCCAGAAGUACAUCAUAGUUGUACACUCUUUGUAUGUAUGAAUUGAUUUGUUAGUCAGUGUAUUUUUACAUUGCCUGGCAAAUUGUAUGUCAUCUAUAGUUAUUUAAUGUCUUUCACAUCUGUUAGCCAUAUUUGUGCCUAAAGGAUGGGGGUAAUAAAGAGUUUUUACUGCUCUCUA